AUGUCGUCCUUGGCUCCUUGCUUCACCGUGGGAUCUAUAGUUUGCUGCAAGACUUGUUUUGGCGAUAGUAUUUUGGGAGAGGUGAUUUCUUUUGAUCUCGGCGUUAAAAUGCUUAUGAUGAAGUGCCCAUCCAGCAAAGGCGGUGGUGACCAACAGAUUUUCUACAACUUAACCAUUAUCAAUCUUGCACUGUGCAUAGACAUUGAGAUUAUCAAGGAAAAGCUGCCUUUGGAACAUAUUCAACCCCCCGAACCGAUCAAUAUCAAAGUGCUUCAAGAGCGCUUCCUACGAGCAAUUGAACAUCGUUCCAUUUCCUGCCGGAGCUACCAUCCCCAGGCGUCGCCUUUUGGUCAAGCUCUAUUUAGGCUGAUGGUCAAACUUUUCGGUGAUCCCGCAGUCAAGUGGCAAACCCAAGGAGACACUGUGGGCAUCACUAUAUUGCAUCAGUUGAUCAUAGAACCGCCAUAUGGAGUAAAGAAUAUAAGACUCGGGGUUUGGAACCCAAAGUUAGCAUUAUACGUCCAACGUAUCGUUCAAGACUUCCACAAUAAACAAUAAUAAAACGACGCGCGUGCCCAUGGCAACAGUCGUCUAGAUAAUAUAGCUACCAAUUCUCUGGGCGCUUUGUUUAUCAACAAAACAAUUCGAAAUACAUACAUAGUCUCGACACCCACAUAGAAUACUUUUCUUUAUCUGCCAGAAAGCACAAUUUUUAUUUGUACACAUUCGAUUUUAUGCACUACUAA